AUGUGGCUCCCGCAGCCGGCCUGUCCUCCCGAGCUGGAUGACUCGCUCGGCCCGUGGGCCGGAGAAUCAUGCCGGGGCGGCUUCGACUUUACGCUACUGUUCGAGGAAGCCGUACUUGCGGUUCCCCUGCAGUCUCUCUUACUCCUGCUGCUCCCCACCUGCACCGUACGCCUGGCUAGGUCGGAUGUCAAGGUCAUAGCUAGUACCUUGCGUUAUCUCAAGGCUGUCAGUCUCGGCGAACUCGCGCCACUACUAUGUACUUGCUACACUUGGCUGACGUACUGA